GUUCACACACAGCGUGCGCGUCCGUGUCUCCUAGUCGGCCAUUUUGACUUAAGAAAUAAUGUCAAAAUCUUUUUCUGCUAACAGUUUAAAGCUCUGAAUGGGCCAGUGCUGAAGCAGGGCUGCUGAAGGAGGGAGGACGUUGGGGAUCUAUGGAUGUAGAACGAUGCAUCGUAAACAAAAUAUCACAUCUGCCCUCUGACACCUUACAGAACAGGUCUGAUCACAGAUUGCUGUUUGUUUGUCUGACAUCUCAAAGUGUUUCUGGUGCCUGUGUUGAAAUGUAAGGCAGCCCUUGUGGAUGGAUGGGUUAUCUGACCACUGACCACUCAAUCUAAGAAAAUUAAUGUGUGUAAACUGGUCUCCGCAUCCCAACCAAGGAAAUACACCAUCUCCCUGAAGGCACUCUCUUUCUUCUGCAGGCUGCAGUCAUGUUCUGGAAGUUUGACCUGCACAACUCAUCUCAGGUUGAGAAGCUCUUGGAGAAGGAGGACGUGACCCUACAGGAGCUGCUGGAUGAAGAAGAUGUGCUGCAGGAGUGCAAGGCCCAGAAUCAGCGCCUCCUCCUCUUCCUCACCCGGGACAGCAGCAUGCUGGAGCUUCUCAACCUCAUCACGCACGAGCCCCCUACUGACCGGGAGGAGAAACUGCGCUAUAAGUAUGCUAAUGUAGCAUGCGAGCUGUUGACGUGCGACGUGUCCCUCAUCAACGAUAAAGUUGGUGGAGACGAGUCUCUGCUGAACACACUCUAUAACUUCCUAGAACAGACGCCACCGGUGAACCCUCUACUGGCCUCGUUCGUCAGUAAGACUUUUGGCAACCUCAUCACCCGCAAGACAGAGCAGGUGAUCGGUUUCCUAAAGAAGAAAGAGGAUUUUAUAGGGCAGGUGUUUAAACACUUGGACACAUCGGCCAUGAUGGAUCUGGUGCUGCGUCUCAUUAGCAUCGUGGAGCCCGCUUGUCUCAGACAGGAAGUGCUUAGUUGGCUGAAUGAAGAGAGGCUGAUCCAGAGACUCAUUGAGCUGAUACACCCUCACAUUGACAAUGAGAGGCAGUCGAACGCAUCUCAGACCCUGUGUGACAUCAUCCGUCUGAGCAGAGAUCAGGCCAGCCUGCUGCAGGAAUCUUCAGAGACCGACCCUCUGCUCACAACACUAGAGCUACAGCAGAAUGUUGAGACCCUAUUGAAGAACAUGUUUGAAGGAGAAAGGAGUGAAAUGUGCAUCGUCUAUGGAACGCUAGUGUUACUUACAUUGUUGGAAACUCGGAGACCUAGUGUUGAGCAGGUGAUUGACCCGUGCUCUCAGGGAUUGGAAAAGUCUUACACUGUAAACAACAGCAUUUUAAUGGGCAUCCAACCACAUCUAAAGCACUUCCACCACCUUCUGUUAAACCCACCCAAGAAAUGUGUGAUGUUGACCACGAUGGGUGUUCUGGAGGAGCCGUUUGGCAACGCACGGCUGCAUGCGUCCAGAUUGAUGGCUGCUCUCCUGUAUACCAGAGCUCCCAGAAUCCACCACGAGCUCUGCCAACUGAACAUGAUCAACCUGCUGCUGGACUUGUUUUUUAAAUUCUCCUGGAAUAACUUCUUACACAUCCAAGUGGAGCAUUGUGUCUCUGCCAUCCUUAACCAGACAACACCGAAUGGAAAAUCACAUGACAGUCCAGAUCAGAUUCAGCUGGAAACACAAAACUCAGACACACAAAACUCAGACAGAUCUGACAUGUCCACAAGUUGUGACUUGAUAAAGCAUCUACUGAAGGACUGCAGGCUGGUUCAGAGGAUUUUGGAUGCUUGGGAAGAAAAUGACAAAACACAGGAAGCUGGAGGCAUGAGAAAAGGGUAUAUGGGUCAUCUGACCAGGAUUGCCAACACAGUUGUGCAGAAUGCAGAGAGAGAACAAGAACAGAUCACACAACUAAUAAAAGAGCUACCAGAGGACUACAAAGCACGCUGGGAACAGUUUGUGAAUGAAACGCUAACAGAAACUAACAAGAAGAACACUGCAGACCUGGUGUUCUCAGAUUAUCAGAUCCAGCAGAUGACGGCAAACUUUGUAGAUCAGUUUGGAUUGAAUGGCGAUGAAUUCGGAGAGCAUGACGGCAACAUCAGCGCCACGUUUGAUCGAAUCACAGAGAUCAACUUUAACCUGGUGGAUGAGGGGACGAGCUCUGCAGUUUUUGAGACUCGCACAAAGGAGCGAAUCCGGCCGUUUGAAGAUCCUGAGGAGGAGGAAGAUAUUUGGGAGGAUAAAGAAAUCAACUAUGCAACACAAGUGAAAGCCAGAAGCAGGUUUGGACUGGUGACAAAUGCUCAGAAGAGUGAGGUGGACAUUGGCUCUCGCAGGCGUCUGGGGUCACCUGACAUGGAGUGGUUUCCAGAGACCAAACAAAAUCUAGACAAGACCAAGAUCCAGGACAUGGACAAGCAGUCCAGCGAUCCGCAGAGUCCUGGAUGGACAGCGAGUUUUGAAGAUGACUUCAGCUGUCGGGAUUUUGCAAGUAUCGCCAUGGAUACAGGCUCCAACGUGUGGGGAAGCUCUACCGCCCAGCUCAGCGAGACAGAGGAGAAGGGAUGGGCGACUUUCACUGACUUCCAGCCUUUCUGCUGUUCAGAUGCAGGACCCAGAUGCAGUUCACCUGUGGACUCGGAAAAUCCAAACAAACAGAGCCAAAAUGAAGAAAUUAAAGGCUCGUCAGCGUGUGUGUGGAGUGUGUGUGGGGCGAGGAAGGCUCCGCUGGUGGCGUCUGACAGCAGCUCCAGUGGGUCAGACAGUGAGGAAGAAGAAGACAGAACCAACAUCAUCACAGAGAGCGUCGCCACGGGCAAUGCCAAGGAGAGCAUUACACUCAGUGUAGAUGCAAAACAAGAGAAGGCAGUCUUCAACAGUGACACUAAUGCCAAAGCAACAGAUGGCAUGGCAACAGGAACCAUGGCAAAACCCAUCACUGGUACUCAGUCGCCGAAGGGCGACUCCAGUAGUAACGGCCCAAUGUAACAGCGUUUGACUCGCCUCCAUGCCCAUGACAACCGUUGCUCCACUCAUGAAAUGUUAAAAGCUGUGGUUUCCCUGUUUUGGCAUUUGCUGUUCCCAUCGAUCUGCCGUGUAGUUACGUGGGUCUUUUUAGUUUGAGCAUGAGCGGUACUCUAGAUGAUCUCUGUCUUCCCUAUGAAGACAUCUUCACUGUUGGAGCGCUGACCUUUGAACCCUGUGAGAGCGGCCUCACUACAGUCUGUGUGUGUGUUGUUGAGCGUUGUGGACCUAGAGUAAGAUGCACAUGAUGCACAAUCCACAGAUGGAUUCUCACGUAUGCAUAAAAAUGCUUGGUACGUUGACAGGCGUGUAUUUUUUUUUUUUUUUUUUUUUUUUAGGUUUCUGAACCAGUAUUUUCUAUUUAGAACAAGGCAUGAUAUUAAGUGUGUGUGUGUACUUGUACAACUAUCUGUGUGAGGACAAACUGAGUAAGGUGAGAACCUUUCUGAGAACCCUUUAAAGGCCUGUUUAGGUCUUUUCACACUGCGCUUAACCCUGGGUUAUCGUCUUUCUAAACCCCGCUUUUAACCCCGGGUAAAAGAACUUUUCACGCUUGUAGGGGUUAGCACCGCUUUUUACCCGGGGUUAUGAAACCCUGCUCCGGAGAGGUUAGUAAAGGGUGAGUAAAUGAUGACAAUUUCAUUUUUGAGUGAGUUAACAGGGUUAACUCACUCAAAGAGCAGGGUUUCAUAACCCCGGGUAAAAAGCGGUGCUAACCCUGCUUCUGCUGUGUUAACCCCGUAUUGGCAUGCCAUACUUAAGUGUGAACCGAUGCAGUGUUAGAAUGUUACCGCUAAACGCUUAGCAACAGACAACGAAUCGCGUACUCAUAUUUGCUUGCUUUGGACAGUCACAGAAACACUGUGCAUUGUAUGUAAACAGUAAAUUCAGCAUUUGAGAGGAAAAAUGUCAAAUGCUGACAGAAAGCACGACAAUUUGAGUGAAAAUAAGACCGUUUCAUUCUUACCUUUUUAUAGUCUGAAAUGUCCAUUCAGUAUAAACUCGAUAGUACAGUCAGCAAUACGAGUAUACGUCAUGUAAAUGGGUCGCAUGCUGAUUUUAUCCAAUCAAUGACACUGACACCGCAAAUAUGCAAAUAAAUGUUAACCCAGGGUUUAGGAAUGUACAAUGUGAAACCUCAGUUUAUGAAUACCCAGGAUUAAUUGUUAAACCCAGGUAAAUUAUGAGCAGUGUGAAACGUGAAGCAAGAUAACCCAGGAUUCCGUUUAGCCGGGGUUUAGAAUGACCCAGGGUUAACCAUUUCAAGUGUGAAAAGCCCUUUUGAGGGUCAAGACUUGGUUUUAGGGAUAAGGUUAUAAUUAGGUUAUGGGUAGGUUUAGGUUUAGGCUCGGGUUAGGCUCUUAGUUGUGGUGGGUAUGGAGCUAGAGACUGCAUUGUGUCAGUGAAUGCCCUCACAAAGAUAGAUGUACAAGUGUGUGUGUGUGUGUGUGUGUGUGUGUGUGUGUUCUGUCUUGAUCAGAGUCUCCGUUUGCUGUAGCCCUUGGGCCCGGUACUGAUUUUAUUUCAGUACUGAUUUGUUUGCACUUAUGUUCCCACAGCAUUUAUGUUUCCAUUUCUGCCCACCAUCCACACAAACACAUAUAUAUAUAUAUGAGCAAAAAUAAUUGGGAGCAGGUCUCAAUAGUUCUGUUUUGUUGUGGGCUGUUUUUAUCUUAAAGGAAUAGUUCACCUACAAGUAAAAAUCCUGUUAUUUACACAUCAUCAUGUUUCAAACAUAGACUUUCAUCUGGAGAACACAAAAGAAGAUAUUUUAAAGAAUGUUCACGCUGAUCUUUUUUUAUAGAACGAUAGCGCAGAAGUCUUAUGAACCAUGUCAUAAGGGUUUGGAACAGCAUUAUGAAGGUGAGUAAAUGAUGACAGAAUUAUAUUUUUGAGUGAACUAUUCCUUUAAGCGUGUUUAUGUAAGACUGUUUUGACUCUGAUUGUGUUUGUGGUUGGUAUUUGAACGAACUCUCAGGUGAACGUCGUGUGUCUGAGCGAGUCUGUGUGCAAAAGAAGAUCCGAGGGCGCGUGUGCCUUGAAAUAUCAGAGAAUGACACAUCAGUAUGUUUAACGUGUGCGCACUUAUCCUUAAUCAAUCUUCCUAUAUCACUGUCAGGUCUUAGUAAUAACUGUCGAUGUGUAUUCUUUACGCUAUGUACACUUAAUAUUAUAUUUUUUAUGACUAAUUACUAGCCAACACUAGAACGCUGCAGUGUCCAUUUCAAUCUAGAGAGAUAGCAAUAAUAGUAUGGAUAAUUUCUUCAAAUUAUUUUCUUUUUUAGUAAUGUAGCUUUGACGAAAUGUGCACACAGGCACACAAACUGUUUGUGAGAGUGAGUGAGUGUGUGUGAAUGUUAAAGAGGCUCGGUGUGUUUUCAGUUUGAUUUUGCACUUUUAAACUUGAUUUUGAUACCAAAUGCAUUGGGAUAUUAGUGGCGGUACGAUGACGAUAAUGAGAGCCCUCGGUCAUUGUUUGGUCUAUGUGCAAUUUUGAAUUUAUAAGCCGUUGUGUAAUUAAUGUAGAUGUUUGCCGAUGCGAGUGUUUGUUGUGUUUAGGAGACUUUGAGCGAGACGCGAGAGAAAUGGCGACCGUACAGUACCAGGCUCUGUGCUUGAAUGUAAUUCAUAUUUUUAUGUUUAUUUUAUUUCAAUGUUAUUUUAUUAUUUUUUUAUUUUUUUGGCCAAAAUAUCUCUUAAAUAUUCAGUUUUUCUCCCAUUCUGGAUGACAGGGUUCCAUUCUCUCCCUCCGGAGACUGAUUUUCUCAUUUCGAUUGUUCCUUCAUUCGUUUUUGUUUCAUCACUUAAAUACUGCCACUUUUAGCUGUGGAAUAUCAGUAAAGUCUUUACUAGAAAUAAAGUCAAGACAUUAAUCCCCUUUUAUCGUCUUCCACGCACAUAUUAACCACUUUUUCUGAGUGUACUCUAGUCCAAGCAUUUUUAGUUGACCUGUUAGAUACCGUUACACGGGUAUAGCAAGUUCUGCUGCUGUUAGUAAUAGUUUGUCAAUGCAUUAGCAGGGCAUGAGAAUGAGAAAGAAAUUAUGGGGUUUUUAAUCAAAACUGUGAUGUAAGAAUUAUGCCAAUGUAAUGCCACUCAAUUUGUGAUUCUAAUUUACAACUUUUUUUUUUUUUUUUUUUUUUUCAAUCAUUGUUUCAUAUCCCCUUCUUCCUUCACACCACUAUGAAGAUUUUAUAGCUGAGAAAUAGAUGCAUCAGAACCUGCAAUGUGAAAUUUACGUUUAUGUUGUUGGGUUCUUUUCUCUUCAGCUCUUGUAUGUAUUCAUGUACCCAAAAACACAAACUCAUUGUAUGUUAUGAACUGGUACAAUAUUUUGUGGUAUGUUCUGCCUUGAGCGUCUCUCCAUGGUAUGAAACUGGAACACUGUUGUCAUUUAGUCAAAUGCCUUUUUAAUGUAAACUGAUGCUGGUGGUUUUUUUUUUUUUUUUUUUGGUAUAAUGCAAUACUGUACCUGUUAUCUGUUGUCAGAGUUAGGCUUUAAAAUCAGAUAUCAAACAAAUAAAUAUUUCAAAUGGG